AUGUCGAACCUCCUCAUCAAUAUGGAUAAGUUUAAGGCUGUUGUGGCAAGUGGGGGCAGGGGGCUUAAGCAAAUGACAACCAGUAGCUAUGAAGAGGAGGGGAGUCCUGAGCCAGUAAUUUGCAUAUUCUGUGUGCUUUGUGUUUGGGGGAAUGAAAAGAUUGAUGCGCUGCAAUACUGGGUUGGGAUAGCUCAAGUUUCCAAAGGUACUUCUCAGGAGCUCUUCCUUGCUGACAGGGGUAUGUGUGGAAUGGUGAGACAGGAUAUGGAAGAGCCAUCUGCCAACCAGUAA